AUGGAAAUGGAAAAGUUGCUAGCGAUGGGUGGUCAGCUUGGCCUGGCGGGCGCUCAGCUCCGAAAAUGGGUAGAAGAUAAACAGCGAGAGGAUCGAGCGUUUGCACGGCAGACAGCGGAGGAUGAGCGCACAGCCGCGAAGGAGGCUGACGAGCGUCAGAUUCAGCUUAUGCGCCUGAAAAUAGAGUGUCAGCAGCUGGAGAAGGAGACCAGAGAAAAGGAAGGGAGCCGGGGAAAAGACGCGGAGCCAAGCUUGAAACUGAACACAAGCAAACCGGCGGAUGGUGAGACCGCAGCUCAGUUCUCGGCGCGUCUCAGCCACUAUUUCGAUCGCUGGAUCGAGCUGUCCGAUACGAAACACGAGUUCAAAGACCUCCGAGAGCUCCUGAUUAAGGAAAGGUUCCUACACGGGUGUCAUUCCAACAUGGCGCUCUAUCUGAAGGAAAGGAAGGCGAAAUCGUUGGGAGAGAUGCUGGAUCUAGCCGACCAGUUUUUAGAAGCGCAGGGAAGCCUUAACCUCGCCAAAGUAAAGAAGGAUAACCGAGAUGAUAUCGGGAGGCCCGAAACUGCCGAGAAAAGAAGCAGUCAACGAAAUGCGCCUCGUUGUUAUCUUUGCAACCGCGCUGGGCAUCAGGCUUCACACUGCCGGGCCCACACCACUAACAACCACAGCCUUACCUGCUUCAAGUGCGGGCGAAAGGGCCACAAGGCCGACGCGUGCCGGUCGGGAACAAACGAUAGGCCUCAGGCAUCGUGCGUUUACUCCCCCGUCGGGGUGACGAAUCGGGAGGGCAUUCGCGACGGCUACCUAGAGCUGAAGGAUGGGGAAAGAAUCCCCGUCGUGAAUGCAGUCAUGAUAACACAGCCGAAGUUUCUAGUCGAAGGACUGCCGGUGGUCGCCGGAACGUAUGAGGGCAAAUCGAUUUCGGUAUUGCGAGACACCGGGUGCAAUACGGCGAUUAUAAAACGAGAGCUCAUCCGCGACGAUCAGCUCACAGGAGAGACCCAGCCCGUUUAUGUAGUCGACGGAACAGCUAGGAUGCUGCCCGAAGCGCGGGUGGAGAUCGACACCCCGUACUAUUCAGGGGACAUCACGGCGCUCUGCAUGGCGGAGCCGCUCUAUGACCUAAUCCUUGGAAAUAUAGAAGGCGCGAGGGCACCCGACGACCCAAAGGCGGCAGUGGAAGAACCCAUCAGCAACGAGCCCGCUGAUGAGGAAGCUGUAGCAGCAGUUGUAACGCGCUCGCAGAUGAGGAACCAACCCCAAAGGUUCCAAACCCUCAAAGCCCCCGACGUCCCAGCACAGCCGCUAAACAGGGAUUACGCGGAUGAGCAGGAAGCGGACGAGUCGCUCAGGCCGUGCUUCUCUCAGAUUGGCAAGAAACUGACGUGCAGGGAUUCCGAAGGAAAUAUCGAAUUCCACCGGGAGGGUAGGCUACUGUACCGCAGCUAUACACCGAGAAAACCGGACACGUGGUGCGUCAGCUGGUCGUCCAGGUGCCAUCGAGAAGCGGUAUUGAAAACUGCACAUGACGGAAUAAUGGCUGGUCAUUUGGGCGUGCAAAAGACGAAGGACCGAAUUUUGGAGGAAUUUUUCUGGCCGGGCAUCACCGCAGACGUGAAGAGAUUUGUCGCAUCAUGUGACAUCUUCCAGAGAAGGAUCCCAAAGGGCAGAGUAACCCGUGUGCCGCUGGGGAAGGCGCCGCUCAUUGAAACCCCAUUCAAAAGAGUGGCCAUAGACAUCGUGGGCCCAAUCCAGCCCCCUUCCAAGCACGGAAAUCGGUAUAUCCUGACCCUAAUGGAUUACGCGACCCGAUACCCCGAGGCCGUGGCGCUGCCGAGUAUUGAGACGGAGAGGGUCGCUGAGGCGCUAGUAGAAAUUUUUUCUCGAUUUGGCGUCCCGAACGAAGUCCUAAGCGACCGGGGCACCAAUUUUACUUCUGACUUGAUGAAGGAGGUUGCCCGACUUCUCUCCAUACGCCAGCUGUAUACAACGCCGUACCACCCUAUGGCAAAUGGGUUGGUCGAGAAAUUCAAUGUCACCCUGAAACUGAUGUUAAAGAGAAUGUGCGCCGAAAAACCGAGAGACUGGGACCGCUACCUGGCGCCGUUGCUCUUCGCGUACAGGGAGGUCCCCCAGGUAAGUUUGGGCUUCUCGCCCUUUGAGCUGUUGUAUGGGCGGCAUGUGAGGGGACCCCUGGCCAUUUUGAAGGAACUGUGGACGAACCACCAACUCGACGAGGAGGAGAAGACUACCUAUCACCACGUUUUCGACCUCCGAAAUCGGCUGGAAGAGACAUGCAAGCUAGCGCACGAGGAGCUCGCAAAGGCCGGAGCACGCUACUCAAAAAUGUACAACCGGAAAACUAAAGAAAGGUUAUUCCAACCAGGAAACAAAGUGCUGAUUCUGCUGCCUACCGAUAACAACAAGCUACUGCUUCAGUGGAAAGGGCCUUUCGAGGUCAAGGAGAAGAAGGGAGAGGCCGACUACAUCAUCGAGACAGCAGGGGGGAGAAAGAUUUUUCAUGCUAACAUGCUGAAAAAAUACGAAGAGCGGGAAAGCCAACCGGUGGAAAGGGUGUGCCAGGCGAUCUGCGGCGUCACAGACACGGACAGCGAUGGAGCCAUUCCUGUUCCAGCGUUUCGGCAAUCCGAGGACGAGCGAGAUGUAAGGCUUUCUGAUUGUUUGGGGGUGGAUCAGCAGAAACAGCUCCGAGAUGUGAUUUCAGAACACUCGUGCAUUUUCUCCGACGUCCCGGGCAAGACGGACUGGGCCGAUUGCCGGUUGGAGCUCACUACCGACACUCCGGUCCACGUGAGGCAGUAUCCGCUUCCAUUUGCGACGAGAGAGAACGUGGAGAGAGAGGUGCAGGAGGUGGAGCGACUCGGAAUAAUUGAGAAAUCUCAGUCGCCCUACAACGCUCCAGUCCUUUUGGUCAAGAAACCGGACGUGCAGACGGACCACCAACCGCUGAGCUACAUCCAAGAAGCGAGGCAGCUAAACAGCCGAGUCCUCCGUUGGAGCUUGCUGCUCCAAGAGUAUCAGUUUAGCGUCGAGCAUAUCAAAGGCAAGGAAAACAUGGGAGCUGAUUAUCUCAGCAGGUUGUAG